GAGCUUGUCGUUUGAAAAGCACUACCACUUUCUCCUGAUCAACUCCAGAUCCAUCGCCACCGGACUCAGGCUACUUUUCCGGCAACUUCUCUGAAUUCCGGAGAGAUUUGAGCUUGAUUUUUUCUUUUUCUUUUUUUCUCAUCAUCUCAGUUUCAGGAGUGAGUGGGAUUGAAUGUGUGGAUUAUUGAUUGCACAGUCAUUUGUGGAGAAUUGAAGACGAUGGGUGAGGUAUUUGAUGGAUACGAGCGCCAGUACUGUGAGCUUUCAGCCAAUUUGUCCAAGAAGUGUACGACAGCUAGUCUUCUGGAUGGAGAGCAGAAGAGGCAAAAAAUUUCUGAAAUAAAAGCCGGAUUGGAUGAAGCAGACUCUCUGAUACGGAAAAUGGACCUUGAGGCUAGAAGUCUGCAGCCGAAUGUAAAGGCUGUACUUCUUGCUAAGCUAAGGGAAUACAAAUCUGAUCUGAACAAUUUGAAAAGUGAGGUUAAAAGAAUUGCAUCAGCUAACUCAAAUCAGGCUGCCCGAGACGACUUAUUAGAAUCAGGAAUGGCUGAUGCAAUGUCGGUAUCGGCUAAUCAAAGAGGACGAUUGAUGAUGUCAACAGACAGAUUAAAUCAGUCCAGUGAUAGAAUUAAGGAAAGUAAAAGAACCAUGCUGGAGACAGAAGAGCUUGGUGUUUCAAUUCUUCAAGAUUUGCAUCAACAACGACAAUCGCUCUUACAUGCCAAUGACACGCUGCAUGGAGUAGAUGACAACGUUAGCAGAAGUAAGAAAAUUUUGACCAACAUGUCAAGGAGGAUGAGCAGGAACAAGUGGAUUAUCGGCUCCAUAAUUGCAGUCCUCGUUGUUGUCAUUGCCUUGAUCUUGUACUUCAAACUCUCCAAAUAGCCACGACUGUUAACCUCUUUUGGUUUGUGUGUUUCCAAGAGACAUGAGCUUCCCUUUUUUCCCCUUCUAAUCUCUUUCAUUUUCAUCUUGUGAGUUUGCUAUUUUGCCAUUGAGUGCCAACUUCCGGAUAUUUGAUUAAUCUACUGUCACCUUUUUCUUUUCUUUUUUUGUUUUUUUGUUUUUUUUUUUGUUUUGGUUGGGAACAAAUCUGAAAUACCACAAAGUCAUGUUUCAUUCUGUGUA